UGUUUGUCAACAUGGCAUAGCGUCCUGAUAUGGAUGCUUGGCUAUUUCUGUCAGCAAGACAUAUUUUUUGCAGAAUAAUGAUUUUCUUGCAAAGAACCAAAAGCACGUUUCCGUUGAAGUCAUUGCUCUUAGGAAAAUGUUACUGCUGUUCCACAUAUUGUUGUUUGAAUUUUUAAUGGUGAAGAUACUGCAAAAAUGUAUCUAUGGGCCACAACUGCACUCACCGACAGAGACAUAUCUUCAGAGCCUUCAGUUAGUUCACUGACUUGUUCCUAACUCAAGUCAGUGGUACCAGGAAAAGUAUCCAGUAAUAUGCCAUUCAGACUGCGACUGAAAAAGAGCCGUCAGUACAAUGUGGCAUCUAAAUCUGUAUAUGUUAUCUGUGUUGAGCUGCUUGACAGUACAACAAUAGAAUGCACAUUGUCUUCAGAGAGCAGUGGCCGAGAUUGUUUGGAUAAUGUAUGCCAACGGCUUACCUUGCAGCAGCCAGAGUUUUUUGGUCUGCGGUAUGUAUCCCUGCAUGAACCUCCCCGCCUUCGCUGGGUGGAGAUGGACAGACCGCUGAAAAGGCAACUGGAUAAAUAUGCCCGUGAACCAAAUUUAUUGUUGCGAGUCAUGUACUAUAUAUCUGGAGUCAACUUGAUUCAUGAUGAAAUGACGAGAUAUCACUACUUUCUGCAAUUGAAAGCAGAUGUCAUUGAAGGUCGCAUGAGUUGUGAUGUAAAACAAGCUAUUCUUCUGGCCAGUUAUAGCAUGCAAGCUGAGUUUGGAAAUCAUGAUCUUGAGAGGCACACUGCUGAGUAUCUGAAAGAUUUUGCUUUAUUUCCAAAGCAUUUAACAGAGCAAGGCCACCUCCAGCACUUGACUGAAGCUGUAAUUUGUCAACAUGCAGCACUGGCUGGUCUUCCCCAGGGAACUGCAGAGGAAUAUUACAUUCUUGCUGCACAGCAGUUAGAUGGCUAUGGGCAGGAAACAUUUAGUGCUAAGGAUGAAAGCAAUGCAGAAGUAAUUAUUGGCGUCUCUCUCAAUGGCAUACUUGUUGGCUAUGAAAAGGCACACUCUUCAAAGUUUUACAGAUGGAAAGACAUUAAGAAUGUAAUUAAUCACAAACGUUAUUUUGGCAUUGAAUGUCCAAAUGAAGGAGAAACAGUCCAAUUUCAGUUUACUGAUCCAGAAUCUGCAAAAUAUGUUUGGAGAAUGUGUGUUCAUCAGCAUACAUUCUACAUGCAGCAUGAGGGAGCAACAGAACCGUGCCAAAAUUUCAAUGACUCCAUGCCUGUAACACUAUUUCAGACUGGUAUAGAGGAUUCACAUCUAUCUGAGAGUCAGGAGGACUUAGAUUGUCAUGAUGGAGGCAUAAAUUGGAGAAUUCAGUCAGCAGUGCAACGUGCUCAGUCAGCCUCUUGCCUUGACCUCACAAAACACACAGAGGUUGAAAAACUGAGAGCUUUACUACCUUCAUAUCGACCAGCUCCAGACUACGAAACUGCAGUGCAGCUAAAGUACAGAGGCUCAUCACAAGCAGCUAAUAAUGUUAAUAUGAGGCCGAACAGUCAAAUUAAUUUACUCUACAGCAGUCAACCAGAAAUUCACCAGUCCCACAUGCAAGAUAAUAUCAGUUCGUACCAUUAUAAACAGUAUCCAGAUGUAACACAAGUUGAGAGGAUAUAUCUUGAUCCUCGGAGGGAGGAGCCUCAGACACACUUAAAAGGACGACCUGAGCGCAGUUCUCAAACAGUAUUACAUACCUAUAGUACACCAGAACUGGAUGCAGUUGAGAGCCAGAUGGUUCAGAAUCUUCAAAUGCUGCAUUUGUACAAACCACCACCUCCUUACCCAACAAGCAGCACCAGACCAAGCAGCAACAGCACGCCAGAUUUGGCCUCACAGGGGUUUCGACCACAACAACCCCAGUUUGCAGUUCCUCAGGUCAGUGGUUCCAGUCCAGAUUUGGUAUCACCUCAUGCACAACCAUCUGCUCAAAAUGUUGUUCUUGGUGCUGAAACACAUCACACAUAUAUGGACGUAGCUAAUGUUCUUGACUCAGGGAUGAGAUGCUGCGCAGGUGCCCAAGAGCAGUCAGAGCCCAUAUAUGAAAAUAUACCAUUGCCCUGGGCAUCACAGUCAGGGUGUUCAAGAAGCCGCGCUUCUAGUAUCCAGUCAGCACCAGAGAUGGGCAGUCCUGUCACAGCUAUGGAGGGUCAACGGAGAUGGCCGAAUGCAAUAAUGACUGUACCUUCAGCAACACCAGCAGCUAAUGUGUCUGUUAGUGUCCACUCAGCGUAUGAUGUCAGUAAUACAUCUCUACAAGAAACUUACGUGCCAAAUGCGCCUGAUACUGUAUGCCAGUCACCUGGUGAACCAACAAAUCCUGGUAUCGCAGAUGCAACUUACAUUAAAAGUCAGAGUCAGUUCCUUGAGUCAGAUAGACAAACUGAGUACACAAAAAUGGGUACAACAAAACAGAAGCCAAAACGUAAGUGGGCUCUACUUGGUGGAGGAAAGAGCAAGUCAAAACCGGAGGCAGCAGUAAAAGAAACUAAUGAAGAAGAAACACGUGUGCGUUGGAAUACGGGGCUGCCAAGGCUCCCUCUUCCUCCAACAAUAUCAAAAGAUAUAAUGUGCCAGCUUCUUGAACGCAAACUUGCUGAUGGUCAGGUUUUCUUUGAAUUUGAAAAAAUUCCAAAAAAGAAGCUGACAGCAGAUUUCACCACUGCAUUGCAUCCUGAUAAUGCAUCAAGAAACAGGUAUAUGGAUGCUUUACCAUAUGAAGAAAACAGAGUCAGGCUGACACCUUCAAGACAAAAUAAGUUUGGCUACAUAAAUGCGUCCCACAUUACUGCAACAGUGGGCAGCCAUCAAAGAUUCUAUAUUGCAGCUCAGGGGCCACUACCUUCUACAGUCAGCAGUUUCUGGCAGAUGGUGUGGGAAGCAGAUGUGCACCUCAUAGUGCAGUUAACAGUGACACAAGAAGACGGAACUGCUCCAUACUGUCCAGGCAUCAAUGACCACUGCCUGGAGAUUGAUGAGUUUCAGAUAUGGCAACAGUUUUCACAAGAGACAGGCCACUGUGUCACAACUAAGUUGCGGCUCAUCCAUACAAGCUCACGUAGAGUCAGAGGUGUGUGGCAUUUGCAGUAUGUGGAAUGGGGUGAUCAGGGCUGUCCUCUGAAUGUUGGUCACUUUCUAGGGUUCCUGGAGGAAGUGUCAUCUGUGCGACAACACACCGUGAGUGAAAUUCCUGCUGGUCAUAACUGCAACCCUCCCGUGCUUGUACAUUGCACAGCGGGUGUUGGUCGAACUGGAAUAAUGAUUCUGAGUGACUUACUUCUAUAUACACUCGAUCAUAGUCAGGAGCUGGAUAUUCCCCGUGUAGUUGCUUUGCUACGCAAUCAGAGAAUGCUCCUCGUCCAGACAGUUGCUCAAUACAAGACUUGGAAAAUUGUUUUGUGGCCAGAUGGUCUGAAGAAGAGAAAACUGUGUGCAAUGUUUGUCCUACACAUCUUGACUCCUGAAUAAAAACAAUAAUGUGUGGACACAUGCUCCAACUUGAUUCAAAUGCAAAACCUGCAUAGUUAUUUUCUGAAGAAAAAAAAAAUCAUCACAAAUGAGAAGACGUGGUGUUAUCAAUAAGUACCUACCAUAAUGCAACACAGUGCAGAACUUCACAUGAAGGGUCGAUGCUUUGACAACUUAUUGACGUUCAAACCAAUGUGUAUCCCAAAGAAGGAAUUUUGUGACAGUUCCACAUGGUUGUAGGAAUGUUGUGUGCAUUAUACUCAAGUGGGGGGAGGCUGUGUAGAAUACCUGAAGUGUUAAAACCUGCAUCUUUUUUUCUGGUUUUUAUUAAUCCAAUCUCAAAACUUUUGGGACUGACAGGAAAUUCUGUCACCUGACAAGUGCUGUGAACCAUCAGAAAAGGCAGAUUUUGGUAAUUAUUGUAACACUUUGCAUUACCCUUUCAACCUGUACAUUAUUGCAGACUUUGUAUCUCAUAAGUGAACCUCUCUUUGACUGAAAUAUUCUGUAUUAUUGCUGCCAGUAGUCAGAACAACAUAGAAGUUAGCUUGCUUCAUUCUUGGUUCACUGACUAUACGGGCACCAGCAUAAAAUGGGAUAGCUCAGUAGUGAUGUGUGCAUAGGCCAGUUAGAGAACUCAAUGCCCAGUGGAUCCCCAAGCAUCAAAACCAGGUGGUGGGUAUCUGGAGCCAUAUCAUCCAAGGUAGGCAACCUUGCAUGACAAGAAAAAUUACUGGGAUGUGCUGUAAGACAUCCCCAGUAUCUGGAUCAAGACCAGUACAGUGUAGGGACAGAGGAAUCAACUGCACAGGUGAUGUAUUCACUACUGGUGGGCAGCCGAAUUGUUAUUGCGAACCAAUGCGUGUCUCAGGCUGUGUAUAUGAACAGCGUAUGUCAAAUUUCAGGAGUGUCCAACACUCGUUUGAUACAACGAAAUGCCACACAAUACUUUUUGGAUGUGGCAAUAACUGUGGACUUCGUACAGUGCCCCAUAAAUCUUAUUAGGAAAACUGCCUGAUUUACAGAGAUACUGACCUGGUACUGGAUUGUGUUGUUAGUUACAGGUGGACAUUUAGCUGCCCUCUGCUGGAUAACGUGCCAGCCAGAACUCAGAAUUGAUAUUAGCUUCUGACUGCAUAUGGAAUAUGAUGUUAGGCAAUGCCAGAUUUUCUUCUGCCAGUGAAGUAUAAGGCCAGAUCACACUGCAUUGUGUUGCAUAGGUGAGGUGUGGUCUGGGUGACAGACUUUGUUGUAACCUGUUGUGACCGCGACCGUUCCGGUCACAGAGUGGCUGAGAAAGCGCGGCGGGACCAAACGGAGAGCGGCCCGCGAACAAAGAAACAAGUGGAACGGACGGACACAAAACAACAACUGACGAUGGAGAGAGACCUUACGACGACAACAUGCAAGAAGCAACGGAGUGACAGAGACUAAACGAAUCCAAGACAUCCACAAGUAAUGAAAACAAAGAAAGAUAAACAUUCUGUCUGUUGUGGAGGCGAUGUGCCGAGAGUCACGCAACUAUUAGACUCGCUGGUUGAGUGAGAGGCAGGCACUUAAAUACUCUAUCGGGAGCGCCGCUACUGGCCGCUGGAAUCACGUGUUCCACUGUGGCGCCCUCACACUAAAUGCGGGGCAGGACGCGCGCGCCGCCACAGCAUAUGGCACAAUGGUGCAGAGAUCUCUAGGGGUCUUCGACGUCCAUGACGUCUGGCGGGGAUUCAAAUUCCGCGGCGCGCGGUACCAGAGAGUUCAUCUACCAUCUUGAUGUCUGGUGGUCCCUAUGACAAAGGCUCUAUGUUGACAUUCUAGGUCAGCCAGAUUCUUCUUUCCUAGAAGUCCAACAAAAGAGCUGAAUGGGGUGAACAGGGUGAGUUCCGUACCACAUGGUAGGACUCUAUUGAUGUCAUGCCAGUGUCUGCCAGAUUUGGAAGGGGCCCAUUGUUGAUGAGUGUGUGGAAAAAGGACAGUUUGUCAAAUGUCUUUGGUGGCAGGUGAUAAUGCUUUACAGCUUGCGGGUGUCCACCACCUGAGCACAGUGUUUCCUCUAUGUAAUUUUUCUGUGUAUAUAUUCUCUAGGUUUCAAUGGUUCAGAUUGUUAGCAGUUACCUAAGCCUAUACUAGAACAGACGGUGCAAUAUCCUUGGGUCUGUGCAUGGAACAAUGAAGUGGUGUUUGCAACUGGUGCUCAUUUAAAAUGUUUGCUUGGCUCUUGCCUUUAAUUAGAGUGAUCUGUUAUGUAUUCAGAA